AUGAGCUGCCCAAUGAGAAGUGGUUUUGUUGACUCGGUGCAGGGCGGACAUCAUCUCGGGUCGGAGGCCGGCAUGCUCUACGGGGAGUACCUAAUGCUGGACAAGGUACUAAGCGCCCAGCGAAUGUUGUCCGUCGAGGGCAAGAAACCGGUGCACGAUGAGCAUCUGUUUAUAGUGACGCAUCAAGCGUACGAGCUGUGGUUCAAGCAAAUCAUCUUCGAGCUCGAUUCGAUACGGGAUCUCUUCAGUACGGAGCUGAUCGAGGAGUCACGCACGUUGGAGAUCUUGAAGCGGCUGAAUCGGAUUGUAAUGAUCCUAAAGCUGCUCGUCGACCAAGUCCCGAUUCUGGAAACGAUGACACCGCUAGACUUUAUGGACUUUCGUGACUACCUGUCGCCGGCAUCCGGUUUCCAGAGCCUCCAGUUUCGACUGCUGGAGAACAAACUCGGCGUAAAGUCGGAGCAUCGCGUCAAGUACAACCAGAAGUACACGGAAGUGUUUGCCAGCGAUCCGGGUGCGAUAGUGCGAAUCGUCACGACGGAGGAGGAACCGUCGUUGGCCGAUUUGGUGCAGAAGUGGCUCGAGCGGACGCCCGGACUCGAGCAGGAUGGGUUCAACUUUUGGGGCAAGUUUCAGGAAAGCGUCGAACAGUUACUCGCUGAGCAGGAAGCAAGCGCGAUGUCGGAAGAGCACGAGCAUGUCCGCGAGUACCGGCUGAUGGACAUCGGAAAGAGGCGCGAGGUGUACAAGUCGAUCUUUGACGCCCAGGUGCACGAUGCACUGGUAACCCGGGGUGAGCGUCGGUUUACGCACAAAGCCCUGCAGGGCGCCAUUAUGAUUACGUUCUACCGCGAUGAGCCACGGUUCAGUCAACCGCAUCAGCUGCUGAUGUUGCUGAUGGACAUCGAUUCACUGAUCACCAAGUGGCGAUACAACCAUGUGAUUAUGGUGCAACGUAUGAUUGGCUCGCAGCAACUCGGAACCGGUGGGUCGUCUGGAUAUCAGUAUCUACGUUCGACGUUGAGCGAUCGUUAUAAGGUGUUUCUCGAUCUGUUUAAUCUAUCCACGUUCCUGAUACCGCGCCAAUCAAUACCACCGUUGACAGGCGAAAUGCAAAAGGCACUCAACCAAGGUUGGGGCUCACCGGCUCACCUUUUAACCCGCAACGGUUCGAUGCACUAA